AUGUCAGACAUCAAUCUUCAGGAGGUCCAUGACUACUUGGUCGACGUUGCAAAACAAGCAGGCCGUAUCGUUACUGCUGCUCGUCCGUCAACCACAGCGGCAGGUGAGAAGAAGAAUUCAGUUGAUCUGGUAACAGAGACUGAUCAGGCUACUGAACGCCUCAUCACCGAUCUUGUUCACCAGAGGUAUCCCCACUUCGAAUUCAUGGGAGAAGAGACAUACCAACCUGGUGAUUCUUUGUCUCCUCGACCAACCCUGAUCUGUGACCCUGUCGAUGGAACUACCAACCUGGUCCACAGAUACCCAUAUGUCAGUAUCUCCUUGGGUCUCGCCAUCGAUCGAAAGCCUGUAGUCGGCGUCGUAUACAACCCCUUCACGCAGACCUUGUUCUCUGCAGCCAAAGGUAUUGGCUCCUUCUUGACUGAUCCCUCCCAUGAUCACGUACGUCUGCCAUUGAAGGACCCAGAGCCUCUCGCUCUUGACAAGGCUCUCGUAGCCGUCGAAUGGGGAAGCGAUCGAGCCGGCCACGACUACGACAUCAAAGUCGAAACUUUCCGCAACCUAUGCGCCAGUCCGGAGGAAGGUGGUGCCAUGGUACACGGCAUCCGGUCAUUCGGUUCUGCUGCUCUGAAUUUGUGUGGUGUUGCUGCUGGGCACUUAGAUGCCUACUGGGAAGCAGGGUGCUGGGCUUGGGACGUCUGUGCUGGUUGGGUGAUCCUAGAAGAAGCCGGCGGUCAAAUUGUCGAUGCUAACAAGGGUAAUUGGCACCCAAGGAUCGACGAGAGACGAUAUCUCGCAGUUAGAAAGGGUGAGCGCCAGAACGCUUUCAUUGAAGAGCUCUGGAGUCAUGUCGCUGGAGAUCUCAAAGUCGGUAUUUGA